UAAACAGACGUCUUCUCUCUCUAUACGCCCCCUCUACCCUUCUCGCUCUCUAUAUCUCUCAAAAAGACGAUUCCCCCAAAUCGUUUAAGGUCAUAUCCAACGAUCCUCCCAAAUCCUUUAGCUUUUAUGUAAGGAGAUCAGAUUCCAACUCAUUUAAGGUAGUCGAGGAAUCUAAAACUGCUGAUAAAGCUAUUGGGAUCGACCUCGACAAAAUUAUAUUCGAUAGAUUUUCACAUAAUGGCUUUCCGGAUACACGCCUGGACUGUGCACACAAAUCGAGGUGACACAAAAAGGAGAUUUUAAGGCCUUGAAAUACAGAAUUUAUUUCUAAAACAAUUGAUGACCUUUUGGGUCAUCACACGUUAUGAUGGUGACAGUCUCUUUAUGGUUCAAUCUUUAAAGUACUUGGAUUCUUGUAUGUUCCAAAACUAAUUUGAAGAUAUGGAUAGUUCAUGCAUGUUGUAGUUUUUAUUUUUCCUUGAAUAAGUUACACAUGUUCUUUUCUUUGUUUAUUUCUUGCUUUGAUUUCCGUUUAUUCUCCAGAAGUUAAAAAGUGAGAUUAAAUAAUUACUAUUCUUUUGAUUUCUAUAUAUUGGCUAUGAACUAGCUUUUUCAUUUUGAUAUUGUGAUGUUAUCUUAUAUCUUCUUUUCUUGCCAUGCCAAUUGAUAAAUCUUGGAUUAGCAAACCAUGAAAUAAACUUGAAUAUGCGGAUGGGCUUAGAAAAUUUCUAGAUUUUGCUUUUGAGUAUGGGUCUAUGAUGGACAUGUAAUUAAGUGUCCGUGUCCGAAAUGUGGUUUUAAGAAGUGGCAAAGAAGAAAUGUAGUUGAAAAAUACCUGACUUGUAAGCCUUUUCCAAGAAAUUAUAAAGUUUGGUAUUUGCAUGAUGAAGAAUCAAAUGCAACUAUGCCACAAACAUUUCAUAGCACACAUGUCAUAGAAGAAACUCUGCAGCCCCAAGAUCUAAUGGUAACCAUGGUUAACGAUGCAUUUGGGUUCAUGGGGAACAAUAUCAAUGAGCUUGGUGUGUCUUAUGAGCCUAUGAAUAGUGAAGAAACAUUUAAUAAAGGGCAUAUUUAUGGGCAUAAUGAAGAAUAUGCAAAGUUCUAUGAACUGGUCGAAGAUGGCAAUCAACCAUUAUAUGAAGGGUGCGUGAAGUAUUCCAAAUUGUCUUUUCUAGUCAAAUUGUAUCAUAUCAAGUGUUUGUGCCGAAUGGAUGACAAAGCGAUGAGUAUGAUAUUAGAAUUGUUAAAAGAUGCCUUUAAAGAUGCCAAGAUUCCUGUUUCUUUUUAUGAGGCCAAGAAAACCAUCAACAAACUUGGCCUUAAUUAUACCAAGAUCCAUGCUUGCCCAAAUGAUUGUAUGUUAUAUUUUGGGGAAGAUGAAGGUUUACAAGAAUGUAAAAAGUGCAAGACAUAUAGGUGGAAAGACAAUAAAAAGAAGCAGCCCACAAAGAUUUUGCGCUACUUUCCACUAAAGCCAAGGCUACGGAGAUUGUUCAUGUGCUCUAAAACUGCUGAGUCUAUGAGAUGGCAUUCUUCAGCUGGUAACCAAGGUGGAUUGAUGAGGCAUCCAAGAGAUUCUCAGGCUUGGAAAGCAUUUGACUUGCUUUAUCCUGAAUUUGCUAUAGAUCCUCGGAAUGUACGACUAGACCUAGCUAGUGACAGUUUCAAUCCUUUUAGAGCAAUGGCAACAAACUAUAGUAUUUGGCCUGUGGUUCUUAUUCCAUACAAUCGUCCUCCUUGGGAGUGCAUGAAACAAACUUCAUUCAUUCUUUCAAUGAUCAUUCCAAGAAAACAAAUGCCCGGCAAUGAUAUAGAUGUUUACUUACUACCUCUUAUCAAGAGUUGAGAGAAUUGUGGUACGAUGGAGUGCAGACAUUAGUCUCUUCAAAGAAUGAAAUAUUUAAAAUGCGAACAACCUUGAUGUGGACGAUUAGUGAUUUUCCUGGGCUUGGCACCUUAUCUGGAUAGAACACAUACAGUCAGUUUGCUUGUCCACGUGUAACUUUGAAACAGACUCUUCCAGGUUAAAACAUAGUAGAAAAUGGUGUUUCAUGGGUCAUCAUCAUUUUUUUGAAAGCGGCAAUCAGUUUAGAUUGCAGCGUGUCCGUUUUAAUGGGAAAACUGAGCAACAGGAUCCACCGAUAGCAUUAUAAGGGUCACACAUCUUGUAACAAAUGGAGGGAAUCAAUGCCAAUUUUGGGAAAGUACCUGAGUCGAAUGCCAAAGGUAAAAGAACUCGAGGAAAAACUAUUGCUGAAGAUAGACCGAAACAGUGGAGAAAGAGAAGCAUAUUUUUUUAUCUUCCUUAUUAGGAAUCUAACUUGUUGUGUCAUAAUCUAGACCUUAUGCACAUUGAGAAGAAUGUGUGUGAGAAUGUGAUAUAUACUUUGCUUAAUGAUACUGAAAAGUCAAAAGACAAUCUUAAAGCUCGCAAUAAUCUUAGAGAAAUGGGUAUAAGGUAAGAACUUUGGGCAGAUGAGAAUGGAAGCUAUCGCCCAGCCUUGUUCACUCUUUUAAAUUCAAAGAAAAGUGGAUUUAAGAAAGAAAUAUUUUUGCGGACUUUAAAGAAUGUCAAAAUGCCUGAUGGAUACGCUAGCAACAUUUCAAGAUGUGUCGACUUGAAACAACAAAAGCUCAAGUCAAUUAAGAGUCAUGAUUUUCACAUUCUCAUGCAACACUUGUUACCAAUUGCCAUACGUAGUGUUUUACCAGACAAGGUGACUGCAGUAUUAAUAGAGUUGAGUUCGUUCUUCUGUCAACUCUGUGCCAAAAGCUUAAGUCCCUUAGAUCUUGACAGGAUCUAGUCUCGAUAAUUUAUCACCAUGAAUUACUUGAAAAUGUUAUUUCCUCCUACAUUUUUUACAAUCACGGUUCAUUUAACUUGUCAUCUAGCUGGUGAAGCAAAACUUGGGGGACAUCAACAGUGUCGGUAUGUAUACUAUUGAGAGGUAUUUGGGACACUUAAAAUCCUAUGUGCGAAACAUGUCACAACUAGAUAUCUAGCUGAAGAUGCUCUUACUUUUUGUUCCCAGUAUAUUGAAGGGAUUGAGACAAGAUUUAAUAGGCCACUCCGUGUUGACGAUUUUCCAGAGGAUAGAGGCUCGUCGAAUUCAUCUAGUAUUUUCCCACUACUUGGUAAAGGACUAGGAGCUGUAACAUUUGAGUUGUCACCUAUGGCAAAAUGUCAAGCACAUCGAUAUGUGUCACUAAAUUGUCCACAAGUCUUUCCAUUCAUUAAAUUGUUAAUCCAGGUAUUUCAAAUACUAUGUCCGAUGAACUAAAGUUUUUAGCAAAUGGUCCAGCACCAUAUGCUAGAAGGUUUACAUCAUUUAAUAUCAAUGGGUUCAAAUUUCGGACAACAACUCGAGAGCAUGGGUUGAAAAUACAAAACAAUGGAUUUUUUUGACUUCGUCCACAUCUUGUAUUGCUAGUGGUGCUGAUUGAAACCUGAGGCAAGCAGAUUUGCCAUAUUAUGGCAAAUUAGAAGGCAUCAUUGAGCUUAACUACUAUUGAUUUAGGGUUACACUAUUCAAGUGUAAAUGAGCUGACACAACUAGGAAUAGAGGGUUUAGAAAGGAUGCAUGGGGAUUUCCUUCGGUUAAGAUUUCACAAUUGAUUCACAUUGGUGAUCGUGAAUAGCAUGAUCCAUAUAUUGAAGCUUCACAAGCUCACAUGGUAUAUUAUGUGGAUGAUAAGGUGAAUAAAGGAUGGAGUACUGUUGGUCACUUGAAAACAAGAUACUUAUAUGAAAUGGGAGAAGGAGAGAAUGAAGUUCCUGAGAAUGAACCAUUUCCAAUGCAAGAGUUAGAUCAAUUCUUUGAUGAUGUGAAUAAAAUUUGUUUCUGCUUGGAUGUUCUAACAAUGGGCUGAAAUGUGUAUCAUCUGAUCUGUUAGAGCUUAAAACCUCAGGGAAGGAUUUAAUGCAAUUUAUGCCUCUGAAUUUAAUGCUCUUUGGCUA